AUGGCUUCUUUUGCUCUGUUCCUCUUCACUCUCCUUGUCCUUUCAAGUUCUUUUUCCUCUGCAAAUGGUCAAAAGAACAACAGAACAGUGUUCUCACUUGCAAGCAGGAUUGGCAUCAACUACGGAAGACUAGGAAACAAUCUCCCUUCUCCUUACCAAUCAAUCAACCUCAUCAAAUCCAUCAAAGCCGGUCACGUCAAGCUCUACGACGCCGACCCAGAAACCCUAAAGCUUCUCUCUCAAACCAACCUCUACGUCACCAUCAUGGUCCCUAACAACCAGAUCAUCUCCAUCGGCGCCGAUCAAGCCGCCGCAGACAACUGGGUCAACACAAACGUCAUCCCUCACUACCCUCAAACCCAAAUCCGGUUCGUCCUCGUCGGAAACGAAAUCCUCAGCUACAGUUCCGAUCAAACCUGGUCGAAUCUCGUACCGGCGAUGCGUAAAAUCGUGACUUCUCUCAGAGCUAAAGGGAUCCACAACAUCAAAGUCGGGACACCUCUCGCCAUGGACAUUCUCCGGUCGAGUUUUCCUCCGUCGAGCGGAGCAUUCCGGGAAGAAAUCGUCUCUCCGGUGAUGUUACCGUUGCUGAAGUUUCUCAACGGGACAAACUCUUUCUUCUUCCUUGACGUUUACCCUUACUUCCCUUGGGCUGCCGAUCCGGUUAACAACAAAUUGGAUUUCGCUCUGUUCGAAUCGAAUUCCACUUAUACCGAUUCUCAAACCGGUUUGGUUUACACCAAUCUCUUGGACCAGAUGCUCGAUUCGGUUAUCUUCGCCAUGACCAAGCUCGGUUACCCCGACAUCCGUCUCGCCAUUUCCGAAACCGGGUGGCCUAACGCCGGUGAUAUCGAACAAAUCGGAGCCAAUGUUCUCAACGCAGCGACGUAUAACCGGAAUUUGAUCAAGAAGAUGACUGCUAACCCGCCACUCGGUACACCAGCCAGACGCGGUUCACCGAUACCGACGUUUUUGUUCUCGUUGUUCAAUGAAAACCAGAAACCCGGUUCGGGAACAGAGAGGCAUUGGGGGAUUUUGAAUCCUAACGGUACACAGAUAUACGAGAUCGAUUUCAGCGGGACAAGACCGGUUAACAAUUUCAGCACGUUGCCUAAACCGAGUAACAAUGUUCCGUUCAAAGGAGAUGUGUGGUGUGUGGCGGUCGACGGAGCUAGCGAGGAGGAGUUAGGGCAAGCGCUUAACUCUGCUUGCGGGAGAAGCAACGCCACGUGCGCAGCUUUGGCGCCGGGAAGAGAGUGUUAUGCGCCGGUUUCGGUUGCUUGGCAUGCAAGCUAUGCGUUUAGCUCCUACUGGGCUCAGUUCAGGAACCAAAGCUCUCAAUGCUACUUCAAUGGCUUGGCGCGUGAGACCACCACAAACCCUGGAAAUGAGGUUUGCAAAUUCCCUAGCGUUACCCUGUGA